GAUAGGGGGCGCACUUUUAGCCGGCUGAUAUGCGUCCGUCUGUCCGUGCGUGAUGGCUACUUGCAGAUUCUCACUUCUGGUUCGACAGUUCAGCACGUCGAGUGCUGGGGCCCAGUUAGUCAAGCCUCCUAUCCAGGUCUAUGGCCUUGGUGGACGCUACGCCCAUGCUCUCUACUCUGCAGCCGUUAAAGAUAAGAAGCUAGACGUUAUCGAUAAAGAGCUUAAGUCAGUAGAGGAAAACCUACAGAAAAAUGUGAAACUGGCAGAUUUCAUCAGUAAUCCUGUCAUCAACAGACAGAACAAAAUCAGUGUACUGGGUGACUUCAUGCAGAGCCAGAAGAUGUCUGCCACCACCGCCAACUUCAUGACUGUCUUGGCUGAGAACAAUCGGCUGGGCAAAAUGAAGGAUAUCUUCAGUGCUUGGUCUCGCAUUAUGAGUGCUCAUAGAGGAGAGGUCGUCUGCACUAUUACUACAGCCAAGCCACUGGAUGCAAGCCAACAGAAGGAGGUUCAGAGCGCUUUGCAAGGUUUCAUUAAAAAGGGAGAAACACUUCAGAUGAACUUGCAGGUGGAUCCAUCUGUCCUGGGUGGGAUGGUGGUUGAGAUUGGUGACAAGUACGUAGACAUGUCAACAGCCACCCAGGUCAAGACGAUGACAAACCUCAUAAAAGAGGCCAUUUAAUCGAGGAAUAUCUGCUGCCUGGUGAAGCUGUUGAAGGGGGGUAUGGAGCUGAGACAUAGGAAAAUAUAUACAGAUGUGAUACUACAAAGUUACAGAGGGUGAAUUAUUCUGGGAAUAAAGGCGUGCCUGGAAACACCCGAUGUCAUGAUAUAUGCCAACAGUGGUAGUAUUCAUGGAAUUGUUUGCUAGGCUGGUCAAUGGCCUGUUCAAAUGUCGUUACCCAUCCGUGAUGUUACACAAACCCGUUAUCCGCUUUGCAUGGACAGAGCCAGCAGAGAGUAUAACCCUUUAAUGCAGUGUUCCAUGGGGCAGCUGGCAAGGUUUAAAGAGUUUUUAAUGCAAGUUUCUAGUCAACAUUUAUUCUAAUCUAUUUUGAAAGAAAUUAACAAAGUGGAAACUGUGUUUAGGAAUUCUGAGGUUAGCCGUAGCAACUUUCAAUCCAAGUCUGUGAUUUUGUUUUUUGGACCAUUGUUCCUUGCAGAUUUCACAUUUCCCAAUUCAGUUCAAUCACAUGGAGUAUUGGUCUCUCUUUACGACAUCUUGGAUGAGUUCCCAGUAGACUGCAGUCUACAUUACCAUGGAUUGGGUCUUUAAAUUAUUGGCACCAGUCCAGAGAUGUCAUGUGGAGCCUUUUAUUGCUGUUUUGUUUCCUAAAAGUGUGCAUGAUUCAGUAGGAGUUUGUGAAAUAAAGUGGCUCUUUGUUGAUGAUCCGAUUA